GCUCUGGGCACUCUGGAGGCGCCUGCCCCUGUUCCCUCCCUCUCCCUCGGUCCAUGGUGCGAGGCUGGGAGUCGCCGCCCGGGCCGGACCGCGCCAUCUCAGAAGGGCACAAGUCAGAAAUUACCAUGCCUCCCAACAAAGAGGCCAACAGCUUUGCCAGCCCCCCGCCAGGGCUCAUCUGCCUCCCUCCUAUCUCAGAGGAGCUACAGCUCGUAUGGACCCAGGCUGCCCAGACCAGUGAGCUAGAUGGCAACGAGCACUUGUUACGGACUUUCAGCUACUUUCCCUACCCCAGCCUAGCAGACAUUGCUCUGCUCUGCCUUCGUUAUGGACUGCAGAUGGAGAAAGUUAAGACCUGGUUUAUGGCCCAGCGCCUACGCUGUGGCAUCAGCUGGUCAUCAGAAGAGAUUGAGGAGACUCGGGCCAGGGUUGUCUACAACCGGGACCAACUCCACUUCAAAUCCCUUCUUUCUCUUACUCAUCAUGCAGGGCGACCCCCUGAGGAUGUUCCCACCCCAGGGCCACACCCAGACUCAGCUGGCACCCACAUUGGCCCUCUGACACUUAGUGAGACCCAUCAGGUGAAACGAUUGAAGAUGGAGCCUGAAGAGGCCUCCUCUCUACCCCUGAGCCACCAUAAAGCCAAGGAACCCCUAAUUGUACCUGGCAGUGGGGCCUUCCCCCAUCAAGCUGGUUUUUGGCAGGAACUACAAAGUGGUCUCUCCAAGGAGCUAGUAAACAGAGGCCCUGACCAUCAACCACAUGGCCUGGGAACUACUGCUUGGGACCCCUCUACAGGCUUCCAUCUGUCACAUACUCGGGACAGGCCCUCACCUAUUGCAUUGCUCACUAAUAGUUGCAAGCAGGAGCCAGCAUCCAUCAUGCCUCCUUCUUCCUCUACCUCUUCUUCUUCUUUCCGAGUAAUGGCUAAUGGAGCCCCUGCCUCCUCUAAACCCCUUCAGUCACUGGGAUGUGUUCCUCAGCCACCCUCCCCCAAUGAACAGGCACUCCCUCCUCAUUUGGAGCCAGCUUGGCCCCAGGGACUACAACAUAGCCCAGGGCCAGGCAGAGUUGCUUCCGUAGAGUACUACUUCCCAGAUAUGCAACGCCAACGUAAGACCAAGAGAAAGACCAAAGAGCAACUGGCCAUUCUAAAGUCCUUCUUUCUACAGUGUCAAUGGGCUCGGCGUGAGGAUUACUGUAAACUGGAACAGAUCACUGGCCUGCCUAGGCCUGAGAUUAUCCAAUGGUUUGGUGACACCCGCUAUGCCCUGAAGCAUGGACAACUGAAGUGGUUUCGGGAUAAUGCGGUGCCUGGUCCUCCCAAUUACCAGGAACCUGCUACCCCUACUCCACAGUCCCUAGUCCGGCCCUUGCAAGAAUGGGCUGAGAUGCCACCACCACCCCUCCCUCCCCCUCCCCCAGACACAAGUCCACUGGAACGGUACUGGACAGCUCAUCAGCAGCUACGAGAAGAUGACCUCCCUCGGCUGAGUUUAGAGUCAGGAUUGAGCACCCAGCAAGUGUUAGACUGGUUCUACUCUCGUUCACCUGAGCCAGCAGAGGUGGUAGUUUGUCUGGAUGAAGAAGAUGAAGAAGAGGAAGAAGACCUUCCAGAAGAGGAUGGGGGUGAGGAAGAAGAGGAAGAAGAAGAAGAAGAAGAGGAUGAAGUGAUCAUACAAGAUUAAGUGGGGGAUUAGGGAGGGGAUGUUGUUAUUAGAAGAUGAACCAACUUAGUGACUGUUUAAACAAACAAAAAAACCCACAUUUUUCUUACCUUGUUGGCAAAGAACUGAAAGGUUGUGUGUUUGGUAUAGGGAAGGUGGGGACAUGGGCAAAAAGUAAAGGUCUUGGGGGGGAGGGAGACAGGAAACCAGAAAUAUGGGUCUAUUGUCCUUUAUCAUUCCUUUAUUGGAGAGCUGAGAAUAUGACUCAAACCUUGGAUUACCAUAGGAAUCUCUCUCUAUUUCUCUAUCUCUCUCCAUUUCU